GAUGAUUUGUCUGCAGCUGAUUUUCCUGUUCUUCCACUGAGUGAAAACAGCCGUGACCUCUGAACAGAUAAAAUGGCCUCAGCCAACAUUUCCCCAUCCGAAGAGCAAUUUUUGUGCUCAAUCUGUCUGGAUGUUUUCAAUGAGCCCGUCUCCACUCCCUGCGGACACAACUACUGCAAGGGCUGCAUCACAAGCUACUGGGCUUCCAGAAACUGCAGUGAGUGUCCACUGUGCAAGGAGAAUUUCUACAAUGUCCCCGAGCUGCAAGUCAACACAGAGUUCAGAGACAUGGUGGAGCUUUUCAAGAUGAAGAAAGUUGCAGGUGAUGACAGUAGUUCCACUGCCGGGCCCGGGGAUGUGCCCUGUGAUGUCUGUCAUGGGAUAAAGCGUAAGGCUGUGAAAUCCUGCCUGGUCUGUUUGGUGUCUUACUGCAGUGCUCACCUGGAGCCACAUCACACUCAGGCCUUAAAGUGGCACGAGCUGAUCAACCCUGUGAAGACCCUCGAGGACAGAGUGUGCAAGAAACACAACAAGGUGAUGGAGUUUUACUGCAAGAAAGACCAGAGCUGUGUUUGCCUCAUAUGCUUGAGAGACGACCAUGUGAUGCAUAGCGCCAUCUCUUUAGAGGAGGAGUUCAAGGAGAGGAAAACUAUGCUGAAGUUUCUGAAAAGGCAAGUCAAGCACACUCUAAGCGAGAAAUGCAACACGACCAAGAGGAUUCAAAACUCAAUGAUGCAAGGUCGGCAGGAAGUGGAGAAAGUGAAGGUGGAAACUGUCAAAGCCUUCGCUCUUCUGGCGGCCUCGAUUGAAACCAAAAAGGUGAAGCUGAUUGAGCUGUUGGAGGAGAAGCAGAAAGCAGCAGAGCAGCAUGCCGAAGCACUCAUCAGACAACUACAGCUGGAGAUUGCAGAGAACCAUCAGAUGAGUACCAAGCUGGAGGAGCUUUCAUCAUGCGAGGACAACUUUAGACUCCUCCAGGACCUCCCAUCUUUCUCCCCACCUUCAAACACAACACUCCGCAUUACAGCCAGAGUCCAACGCUUCCUGCAGGCAGAGGCUUUGUGGAGUGUGAUAGCCAAGAUGGAGGACAUGCUGAAUGAACAGAUGGAGAACGUUAUCCAGGAAGUCAAUCUGGUGGAUAAAGACGAGACAGUUGAGGAACCGAUGAAAACCCAAGCAGUGAAUGCAUUUGACGAUGAGCUUGGGAAAAUCCAGGAGCAAUAUGCAAUAGAAGUGACUCUGGACCCCGACACAGCACACCCCUCCCUAAUUGUCUCUGGGGACAGGAAACAAGUGAGAGAUGGAGGCACCAAGAGGAGAGUCCCUGACAACCCCACAAGGUUUGACUCAUUCCAUUUUGUCCUUGGAAAUGAGGGGUUUUCCUCCGGCAAGUUUUACUAUGAAGUAAUGCUCACAGGGCAAACAGGAUGGGAAGUCGGAGUGGCAAGAGAGUCAGUCAACAGGAAGGGUGCUGGUUUGUCCCUCAGCCCUGAAAAGGGAUGCUGGACACUGGGGUCCUAUUGGGGAAACUGCCAGGCUAAUGCAAAUCCUCCCGUCAAGCUUUCCUUGUCUCAACAGCUCCAGAACCUUGGGGUGUUUGUGGAUUAUGAAGGAGGGUUGGUUUCUUUCUACGACGUGGAUACGAGGGCUGUGAUCUACUCCUUUACAGAAUGUGCCUUUACAGCAAGUGGGACAUUUCUGGGUAAUUUAUUAGCAUUCAGAGGUUACAACCCAGGAAAGACCAGGAUCUACCCGUUAUUCCGACCCAGUGCUGAGUGGAGUGACUCUGCUCCUCUACAGAUCACUCCUGUCAGAUGCACAAAAGGAAAGUAGUGAUCAGUUCAGUUUGUAAAACUAAAACCCUGCUUGACUAAUAAUGGCAGAGGUUGUUAGUGAAUGUGUGUCCAAAAUAUGUCAUCAUUAAAACAGUGUACAUCAGCUCCUCAGUAAGCUGGGGCAUAUUUUUGCCGACCAAAUCGCCGGAUUUGGUUGGUACAACACCAUGGUGGCAUUACAAUGCCAUACAAUGCCCUGUUAGUAUUGUACAUUUCUGUAAACCUCAGAUAUGUUACAUUUGUGUGUUAUUAUGUAGCAGAUAUGAUAUCGCUGUGUUAAAUAGGUUUAGGCACAAAAACCACUUGGGGUUAGGAUAAUAUUAUGCUUUGGCUUAAAAUACCCAAUUAAGGGGUACAAGUCUGCUGGAAAAGCAGUGAUGUCUCAGUUAGAGACAACCACUUUUCAUAGCACUAUCCCAGCAGGAAACACAGUGAUAUCUUAAUAAAACAACAACGAAGACUUUUCCAUGGCACUUUCCCCAGUGAAAAAACAGUGACGAGAUGCCUAAAACCACUCAUAUUUUGUGACUAAAAAGCUGCUGGAAAACCAGCAACAGGUCGCAAAACAACAGCAACAAUAACAAGAAAACAUGUUAAGUGGCCAAAAAAGAUGCUGAAACAGCAAUGGGUCACUACCAAAACAAAAAAAAGUUUGGUGGCUGAAAAGAUGCUGGAAAAACAGUGACGAGUUGCUACAAAAACAACAACAACAACAACAACAACAACAAAAGUUUUGCGACUAAAAGACCACUGGCAAAACAACGACAAAUUGCAAAAAAAACCCAAACAAACAAAAAUAUGUUGGCUGGGCUAAAAAGAUGCUGGAAAAACAGUUACGAGUUGCUACAAAAAAACAACAACAGCAACAAAAGUUUUGCGACUAAAAGGCCACUGGCAAAACACUGACAAAUCGCAAAAAACAAGCAAACAAAAACAUGUUUGCUGGGCUAAAAAGAUGCUGGAAAAACAGUGAUGAGUUGCUACAAAACAACAACAAAAGUUUUGCAACUAAAAGGCCACUGGCAAAACAACAACAAAUGGCAAAAAAAACCAAACAAACAAAAACAUGUUUGCUGGGCUAAAAAGAUGCUGGAUAAACAGCCAUGGGUCACUACCAAAAAAGCCUUGGGACAAGCUGCAAGGGGUUGCUACAAAAACAAAACAAAACAAAAAUUUGUGACUAAAAGGCCGCUGGAAAAACAGUGAAGGGUCACAAAAAAAAGUUUAAUGGUAACAAAAGAUGCUGGAAAAACAGUGAUGGAUCGGAAAAAAAAAAAAAAGUUUGGUGGCAUAAUAGCCGCUGGAAAAACAGCGACAGGUUGCUACAAAAAAAGAAAAAAAGUUGCACAGCUAAAAGGCUGCUGUAAAAUUCGCCAUAGGUUGCCAAAACAACAUAUUCUGUGGCAACAAAGCUGCUAGAAAAACCGCUAGGAGAAACUGAAACACAGCCACUUUUGUUGUUGUUGGUCUUGAACGGUGGUCUACAGCUCGGCAGGCAUCUCGCCUAAGUGUCACACAAUCCACUAUCUCCACCGCCUGAUCUCCCGAUGACAGUCAGCUCAUGUACUACGUCACUUUAGAGAUGUUGAUAUGAUAGCCUACAUAUAAAACAUACAAAUCUAACAUUUCUAUGGUUUGCAGAAACGUACAAUGUCAACAUUUUCUUUUGCAGACUUGGCUGAUUUUUACAGGGGCUUCUUGUCUUUUACAUGGUUUGCAAGGUUUCUAGGCAACAGUUGUUGUCGCAUUAUGGAUUUAACUAACCAACAAACAGACAAAAAACUUCUAGAGUUGGUGCCUGAACACCUUUAGGGAACAACUGUAAUGAAAAUGAUAACCUUAGGAUGACGUCUGCUGGGCAGUGCAGCCUCAGGUGUCAAGUAGUCAAACAGCUGGUGAGAUUUAAUUUCUUCAAAUAGCUGAGCAUUAUAACUGCUAAUUUUAUGUGGGAUAAAUAUAUUAUAGAGUAUUAUAGUCAUAGAGUAUCAGACAAGAUGAGAAAUGAAGAGCUCCUGGUCAUGUUUACCUGACUGUACAGAAAAUAUAAAUUUCAUUGAGACUGACUGUAGCACUAACCCAGUCAGCUUUGGAAGUGGUCACCAAGCGGUUAGUGUGUAUAUAUCCAUGUGCGUACAAUACUCUCUGGUGGCCAAGGUGUGUAAUGUCAUCCUUUGACAUCUUUUGAAAUGGGUGUGAUUAUACCCUGUGACCACUGGGGGCGGUGUAGACAGAUGAUUUUAAAUGGCAGUCAGGUGUAAAAAGCAUGAAGGCAGACACAAGAAUAUUUGUACAGUUUGUUCAUAUAUAUAUUUAAAUUAGAAAAGAGUAGAUGGAAACAAAUAUUGCAAGAUAAAGAGACAGUGGUGUGAUUAAUAACAGCACAGUCAGUAGGUCUAACUUCACAGUGCACACCAGACUGAUGAUGUGGUUAAGUAAUGGUGCUUCAAAUAUGUCUGAAUUAGUAUAGUGAUAUAAAUAUCCCUUGAACGGUCCCUGCUCCUGGGUGGCACAGUCCGCUGACGGGGAUGUGUCAGCGACUCAUGGAGCUUCAUGCCGUCAUUCAAAAAUAUACUGAUCAUUUGUAUAAAUCCAGAAUGAUGCUAUCAAAGACAUUAACCAUUAUGUACAUGCUGUUGUUGUUUCUUCAUGUUUAUUAAAUUUUAGGGGGAUUUUGUUUUAGAAAAUUGGCUUGAAGGAUAAUUUUAACAUGUUCUGUGUGUAAAUUAAUGAAUUGCAUUUUUAAAACUGUGAUUAUCAGGCCUUGAAUGUCUGUAUACUGGAGGAUACAUUGCCCCGGUCACAGAUAUGCUCGUGUUUUAAGGCCUAUUCUCUACAGAUAAUCAAUAAUAUAAACGUGUGAAACUUAUUGUAUUGCUCCCUGACAGUUCAGAUUGAGAGGAGGGAACUAGUGAGGAAGAUGAGGAUUGCAAUGAAUGCUAGCUCCUGUGAGGAGAGAGCAAAGCAGAGUGAAUGAGGGAAGAUAGAAGAACUGAAAAUGUUUAUGUAAAAGAUGUGGUGGUUUCACUGUGCAUAUUUCAUUGCAUGUGUGUGUCUACAAUAAUACCUGAUCAACCCUUGUAUUUCUAUCUCUCUUUCUCUCUCUAUCACUCGCACACACACAACAUGAAAGAAAGUAGAUAAUUAAUAUGUUUUCAAAGUAUGCACAUGGCGUAUUUAAAGAGGUGGGAAAAUGUUUACUCUAAAUGGCUGAUAGGUCU